AUGGUCUUCGCCUUCGACGAGCACGACCAGCACCUCUCGCAGGAGACGGGCGCUCCCCAGCCGCUCAGCCCGGCCCACCAUGUCGCCCCAGUCGCCAUGGACGGCGUUUUGAAUGGCAGCACUCCCGCCGUCACGGUUGCUGGGCCCGACGACGAGCGCAACGCCGACCCAGUCCUCCGCCUCGCGCGCGACGUCGGCCGCUCUCCGCCGAUGAAGGUCAUGUCGCAGUCACCCCACCGCCAGCCGAACACCAGCAUGCCUGCGCAGGCGCUCGGCGGCGAGAAGCUCAACUUCGAGAAGGCCAAGAGCAAUGCCGCGAGGAAGAAGAAGAAGAAGCGCGCGAACAAGGUCACUCCGGCCCCGACCGCCGUGCACACCAUUCGCGGGUUCCAGACUCCCGUCACCUCGGAGUGCGAGUCGACCGACAUCUCGGCGUCAAGCACCCCAAUGCUUGGGCCCGUCAAGUCGCGCGACCUUCCCAGCGUCACCAGCAGCCCUGCGCUCCGCCCAUCGUCUUCCAACGGUGGUAUUAGCUCCAUGAAGGCCCAACUGGAGAAGCUCAACCUCGGCUCGCCCAUUCCCAAGUCGGUUUCAAACCUUGUUGCCUCGAGCAACGUCAGUGUCAUCUCUGACCUUUCGAGCAACAGCGACAAGACCGAGCUGGACACCUACCAAGUUGAGCUUGACGAGGACUUUGCCAGCGUCGAAGCUCAGGAGAGCGUGUUCGAGGAGACUACCAGCAACCGCGUCGACUCGCUGACCCGCAAGAUGACUGCCGACGACUUCGAGCCACUGCGCUGUCUCGGCAAAGGUUCUUACGGCACGGUACUCCUCGUCAAGCACAAGGCCACCGGGCGCCUCUUCGCGCAGAAGCAGUUGCGCAAGGCCCACCUCACCGUGCACAAGAAGCUUGUCGAGCAGACCAAGACGGAGCGCGUCAUUCUGGAGAACGUCAACCGCCACCCCUUCGUGGUCAAGCUCUACUACGCUUUCCAGGACCACGAGAAGCUCUACCUGAUUCUCGAGUAUGCCCAGGGCGGAGAGCUGUUCCACCACCUGGCCAUGGAGCGCAUGUUCACCGAAGAGGUGGCCGCGUUCUACAUGGCCGAGAUGGUGCUCGCGCUGGAGCACCUCCACCGCAGCGUCGGCGUCGUCUACCGCGACCUCAAGCCCGAGAACUGCCUCCUCGACUCGGAGGGCCACCUGCUCCUCACCGACUUCGGCCUCUCCAAGGUCGCCGUCGACGAAAACGACACGUGCAGCUCGAUGCUCGGCACCGCCGAGUACAUGGCGCCCGAGGUCAUCCAGGGCCGCGAGUACAGCUUCGCGGUCGACUGGUGGUCGCUCGGCGCCCUCGGCUACGACCUGCUCACCGGCUCGCCGCCCUUCACCGCCAACAACAACGCCAAGGUCCAGGAGAAGAUCCUCAAGCAGAAGCUGCCGCUCCCGUACUUCCUCUCCCCGGACGCCAAGGACCUCCUCACCCGCCUGCUGCGCAAGGAGCCGUCCAAGCGCCUCGGCGGCAACAUGCCAAAGGACCUGCAGACCAUCAAGGCCCACCGCUUCUUCCGCCGCGUCGACUGGAAGAAGCUCGCGAAGCGCGAGCUCGAACCUCCGAUCCAGCCCCUCAUCACCGACCCCGAGCUCGCCGAGAACUUUUCCCCAGAGUUCACCGACCUCUCGCUCAGCCCCGUCAUGUCGGCCCGCAGGAGCAACAUCCCGAUGAUGAAUGGAGGAGCCGGUUUGGACUUGGAUGAUGGCGCCGCCAGCCACGCCGAGGCUGAGCUCUUUGGUGGCUUCAGCUUCGUCGCCAGCUCGAGCCUGUUGGAGUGCGGUGAUUGGGGUUUUUGA